CAAAUGUAAUCAUCUAAUUGUGAUUGUUAAUUGUGGUUCUCCCUCGUUUAAUGGAUAGAUGACAAUUAUGAUUUGAGAUGAGGAUGGCUUGAUGGUGAUGAUUAUUUGAUUAGAAUGAUUAGUUUUCAUGUUAGAUAAAUUGAAUCACUUGUGAUAAUUAAAUCAAAGACAAUCAUCAGUUUGUCUUCAUCAUCCAAACACAACAGAAUUUAUUUUCAUCAUCAAAUAUUAUUUUAAUUGUGCUUUAUUUAUAUUGACUUAAGUAUACAAUUUACCCUUGCAACUAAUAACCAUCUCAUAUUUUUUACUGGUCAAUCUUUGAAAUUCGAAAGGAAACAAACUCUCAUUUUCCUGUUAACCAAAAAUGAAUUUAAGAUCUUUUGGCAAAGCUCUUGUUCGACGGAAAAAGAUUGAUGACAAUCAGGGACCAAGUACAUUGAACCGAUGUCUGGGUACAUUUGAUUUAACAGCUUUGGGUAUCGGAAGUACCUUGGGACUGGGAAUGUACGUAAUAGCUGGAAAGGUCGCUAGUACAGAAGCGGGUCCCGCUGUCGUAUUGUCAUUUUUCUUUGCCGCUUUAGCUUCAAUUUUUGCUGGAUUUUGUUACGCUGAAUUUGGUGCUAGAGUUCCGAGAGCAGGUUCAGCUUAUGUUUACAGUUAUGUCACCGUUGGGGAAUUCACUGCUUUCGUGAUUGGCUGGAAUCUAAUUCUCGAGUAUGUUAUUGGAACUGCUUCUGUUGCCCGAGGGUAUAGCGGUUACAUAGAUUCUCUUUUCAAUGGAAGCAUAGCAGCCCAUUUCGAGGAAUGGAUGCCGCUUGGAGUACCAAACAUGUCGGCAUAUCCUGAUUUUCUUGCCUUAGGAAUCACUUUACUGUUAACAGUCAUGUUGGCUAUCGGUGUAAAAGAAUCAACAAGAUUCAAUUCUGUGUUUACAUUCAUCAAUUUGAGUAUUGUUGUUUUCGUGAUUGUCUGUGGGUCAUUUAAAAGUGACUUUUCUAAUUGGAAACUACCCAAAUCAGAAGUUCCUCCUGGUGCAGGAAACGGUGGCUUUUUACCAUUUGGUUUCUCUGGAAUGAUGGCUGGAGCUGCGACGUGUUUUUAUAGUUUUAUUGGUUUCGAUAUAAUUGCCACCACUGGGGAGGAAGUGCGAAACCCUCAGAAAGCCAUACCGAUUAGUAUCGUUGUCUCACUUUUGAUCAUAUUUCUUGCCUAUUUUGGGGUUUCAAGUAUUCAAACUCUAAUGUGGCCCUAUUACGAUUUAAACAACGCUGCUCCGCUUCCUUAUGUGUUUGAUAAAGCGGGUUUACCUUUUGCGAAAUGGAUCAUCACUGUUGGUGCUUUAGCCGGACUUUCAACUAGUCUAAUGGGGGCCAUGUUUCCCUUACCUCGAGUUCUUUACGCUAUGGCCACCGAUGGUCUCAUCUUCCGUUUUCUUGCCAAUGUCAACGCUCGGACCAAAACACCGUUAAUUUCCACCUUUGUUUCAGGUAUUCUUUCAGGAAUCAUGGCAGCACUUUUUGAUGUUGAUGAACUUGCAGAUAUGAUGUCAAUCGGAACCCUUUUAGCUUACACCUUAGUUGCAGUAUCAAUACUCGUUCUCAGGUUUGAAGGUGAUACCAAAAGUUCAGCUUCGAAUGCUAUAACCAGUGGAUCACAAGAAUUUAUUUCUGAUGAAAAUCAACAAGAUUUUCCACCGAACUCAUUCACUCCCAGUCGAUCUCCCGACAUGACCAAUAUCGCUCCUCAUUUUUUGCGACGUUUAUUCAACUUGGAUAAUAUUCAAUCACCUACUAAGCGAACCUCAUCUACCAGCAAACAAUUAAUUUUAUCAAUAUGCACUGCAAUCGUAAUAUUGGACUUGUUAUUGAUAUUUCUCGAAACGAAUCUCAGUAAUUUGGAGAGAACUCCACUAAUUGUCGUUGGAAUUGCAUUUUUUUACCUAAUAUUUUUAAUCAUUGCCCUUGGUCGGCAACCACGAAGCUCAGCAACCAUAUCUUUUCAAGUUCCAUGGGUUCCUUUUAUUCCAAUAAUUUCAAUCUUCAUUAAUGUCUAUCUGAUGAUGAAACUAUCAGUAAUUACAUGGGUUCGAUUUGCAGUUUGGAUGGCAAUUGGCUUAUCAAUAUACUUUAUUUACGGCAUUUUUAAUAGCAACGAACGAUCUAAAAGUCAAAACUUCCAGCUUAAGCCAACGAACCAAAAAGCUAAAGAUCAAAAAUUGUCAAUCGGUUAAAUCGAUUGGUCAACAAACACAAACGCAUAAGAAAAGUCAAGACUCAAUCCAAUCGAUCCUCAAGUCGAUCCAUUCAAUUGUCACAAUUACAAUCAAUAAUUGUGAAACUCUUAAUCUCUAACACUUUAAACCUGAAGGUUUUACAACAAUUAAGUUGAUUAUAAUGAUCACCAGGUAUUCACAUGCAUAAUUUACAAACUGAUCACCAUUGGAUAGAGUAUGAGAAGGAGCUUCUUUUAUUAUCAUCAGGCCUUAUCUCUCUCACUUAUGUGUCUCUACCUCAUCAUUUUUACCCUUUCAAAUUAUGAUUUAAUCUUUGAUUACUAAUAAUUAGCAUCAACGUGAUGGUUUUAUUAUUACGUUUCGAGUGAUUUAAAUUACCUUAAUCUUGAGCCCAGAAAUCUCGUCCCCAAGAAUGCUCAUAAUUAACACUUAGCCUUUUUGUUGCAUUUUAAUGUUUUGUUUAUCUUUUUGUCAAUUAAUUUUCUUUUGUUUUUAAUUUGUUUAAUCCUUAAUUCUAGUCAAGUUUUUAAUCUCCCAAAAAAAUCAUUUACUUUAAUCUCUUGUCAAACUACUGAUUCGCAAUCAUCGAAUCAAUCAAUUUCAUCUCAACAAUUAACUAAUUAUUUAUUUAUAUAUAUAUUGUAACAACGUAACAACAAUUGUCAUUUACAUGUAAUAAUUACUUUUACCUUAAUCAAGUCUGUUAAUUACCCAAAAACUGCAAUUAACUUUUCUCUUUCCCUCUUUCAUAUUGUCAUAAUGUUCCCAUAUUAUGACCUUACAUUGAAUCAAUUUUUAAUUGUUCAAUUGUGAUUUAAUUCACCUUUUUUUGUAAGAAUUUAUAUAAUACAAUUAAUUACAUUAAUUAUAUUUAUUCACAAACAAUUAUAUUAAUACAAAGAAACGGAAUAAACUUGUAGUUGAAAAAAUCUA